ACGCUCCUUCUUGUUGUCUCUCCCUUCCCCUGCCUAACAAGGCACAUCGAUCAAGUCCACAUCAUUGAAGCGAGUUUCUUCGUCACGCUCUAGGGAUUCCUCGCUGAUCAAGCAAGAAGCACCCUAACUGGGGCUUAGCAGCAGUAACGGGUCGAUGGCUCAUCAGGUCUCCGUCAACCGCGCUCCUCUGACGGCCUAUCAGCUCACAACCUCUAGGCCCUCCAGCCGAAAUGUCGGCGGACACGUCAGCGGACACGUCAGCGCCUCCCAUCGCCUCUGCUUGCAUCCCACUGCCACCCCACUACCUCCUCUCGGCGCGCCUCCUCCUGCAACGAAUCGCGUCACAACCGCUGUCUCCGCUUCUUAUGGCGGCGGGUUGAGUCCCUCCUUGCGACAAAGCCGAAGGCGACGGGGGGAGACGCUGGUAGCAUCGCGACAGUGUGCGACAGGUUUCGAGACGCCUGAAUAUACAAACAGCGCAACGCGGCAAGUGUCAAGUUCAACGCAAGCUUCAAGCUUGGCUAGGAAUCCGUCUCCUAGUAUCUCGAGCUCUCGAACACCGCACCGCUUUCGAGCAACGCUGUUAAGCAGCAGUGGUAUUGGGUCUGUAGCCUGCCGCGGGUUCGCUGGCGAGGAUUUUCGCUCGGGUUACCACAGUAGACACCUUCUUCGUCACCAUCAUUCGAAUUCGGAUUACCGACCAACCGCAUGUCGUAGGCGCGGGGUUACUGUAGCAACCAUGGCAACUGCCGAGGCAGGAUUAGGUUCGGGACUGCGGCCAGGUUUGGGAGGAACGGGAUUGGAGCUGGCGGUAGGUUCGGAGGGGCAGGGAUGGCAACGGUCAGUAGCGGUGAUGGAGGCGGUUCGGCAACUGGAAGCCAUGAUGCGAGAACCGGCCGCGGUGCUCGAUAGCAUGCAGGACAAGCUCUCUAUAGAGGACCUCGAGAUUCUCGUCGCGUAUUUCGCUCAACAGGGGCGCGACAUGUGGCAGGCCCUCGAGGUCUACGAUUGGAUGGUUCGCGGAAACCGCGUGGAGCGCCAGACGCGGCGCCUCAUCCACGUCAUCAUGGACCAGCGCCUCGGGCAGCUGCUACAGGAGGGCUGCCCGACGGAGAAAGUUUUGCGGCUGGUGGGCAGGAUGGUGGAUCUCGGGCUGCCCCCGGAUUUUCCGCUGAAAAGAAUGCUCGGGGAGGAGCUGUGGGACCGGGGGGCGGUGGUGGAAGUUGUGAAGCUUCUGAGAAUGUUCCUGAGCGAGGAGGAAAGUGCAUGGAAGGAGCAGGGGGUGGUCGCUGGAGUGAGGAUCGUAGCUUUGGAAGAGGGGGAGGAGGAAGAGAGGGAGGAGGAGGAGGAGGAAGAAGAGUGGGAGGACAGUGCGACGGAGAGUGUGUGGGGUGGGUCGAGUGAGAGUGAGGAUGAGGCGGAGAUUGUUGGCGAGGAGGGAAAUGGGGAG